AUGGCCUCCAAAACUUUUACUCUGAGUACUGGAGCCAAGAUGCCGGCUGUCGGCUUCGGCACAUUUGCCAACGAAGGCGCCAAGGGAGAGACAUACGCAGCCGUCACAAAGGCGUUGGACGUUGGAUAUCGACACCUCGACUGUGCCUGGUUCUACCACAACGAAGAUGAGGUUGGCGACGCAAUCCGGGAUUUCCUCGCUCGCCGACCCGACGUUACCCGUAAAGAUCUCUUCAUCUGCACCAAAGUUUGGAACCACUUACACGAGCCGGAGGAUGUUAAGUGGAGUGCCAAGAAUUCGUGCGAGAACCUCAAGGUUGACUACAUCGAUUUGUUCCUUGUUCAUUGGCCCAUCGCGGCUGAACGGAACGACGACAUGAGCGUAAAAAUAGGACCAGAUGGGAAAUACGUCAUCAACAAGGCCCUGACAGAGAACCCUGAACCAACAUGGCGAGCAAUGGAGGAGCUAGCCAGGAGCGGUCUUGUGAAAGCAAUUGGCGUCUCCAACUGGACUAUCCAAGGAUUGAAGCAGCUUCUUCAGAUUGCCACCAUCAAACCAGCAGUAAACCAAAUUGAGAUUCACCCAUUUCUACCAAAUGAGGAUCUCGUGGCAUUCUGCUUUCAGAACGAUAUCUUGCCAGAAGCCUACUCGCCGCUUGGCUCUCAAAACCAGGUUCCAAGUACUGGUGAGCGAGUACGCGAUGAUCCGACUCUCAACGCAGUGGCCGAAAGAAGCGGCUAUAGCCUUGCUCAGAUACUGCUGGCUUGGGGUCUGAAGAGAGGUUAUGCUGUGCUCCCCAAAAGCUCGACUCCCAGCCGUAUCGAAAGCAACUUUGUAAUUCCAGAACUUAGCGACUCAGAUUUCGCAGCCAUUGAGCAGGUUGCAAAGGGGAGACAUGCCAGAUUUGUGAACAUGAAGGACACUUUUGGAUACAAUGUUUGGCCUGAAGAAGAAUAA